GCGCGUGCGUCUGCCCGGUGGGUUGUCCAUUCUCGGCAGCUUGCGCGUCCUUGGUCUCCUCGGCUUCUCGCUGGCGGCCUGAGUGUUCGCAGGUGAAGAGAUGGCGUUUGUGAAGAGUGGAUGGUUGCUACGCCAGAGUACAAUCUUGAAACGCUGGAAGAAGAAUUGGUUUGACCUGUGGUCAGAUGGCCACCUAAUCUAUUAUGAUGACCAGACUCGGCAGAGUAUUGAGGAUAAAGUCCAUAUGCCGGUGGACUGCAUCAAUCUUCGCAUGGGGCAUGAGUGUCGGGACAUUCAGCCUCCAGAUGGGAAGACAAAAGACUGUCUGCUGCAGAUUGUUUGCCGAGAUGGGAAAACUGUUAGUCUUUGUGCAGAAAGCACAGAUGAUUGUUUGGCCUGGAAAUUUACACUGCAGGAUUCCAGAACAAACACUGCAUAUGUUGGCUCAGCAGUCCUGUCCGAUGAGGCUGCUGUGGCUUCCUCGCCCCCUCCGUACAUGGCCUAUGCCGCACCGACAGCUGAGCAGAUGUAUGGCUACGGUCCUUACAGUGGUGCCUACCCGGCAGGAACUCAAGUUGUCUAUGCUGCAAAUGGGCAGGCCUAUGCUGUGCCCUACCAGUACCCAUACACAGGUCUUUAUGGACAGCAGCCUGCCAACCAAGUCAUCAUUCGAGAGCGGUAUCGAGACAAUGACAGUGACCUGGCACUAGGCAUGCUGGCUGGAGCAGCAACAGGCAUGGCGUUGGGGUCUCUGUUCUGGGUCUUCUAGAGUCUUCAAGAAAUAAUGUGCAUAGCUUCUGAGAACCUUGUGUGCAAUAAUAUGAUUUGCAGGGCAUUUCUGUUUAUGACAAAUGUUUUUAAUGUUUUAAUAGUUCCUUUGGAAGUAGUGAUCUGAUCAUUGUAACUAAUCCUCAUAAGAACCACUGAGAAGGGGGUUGUAGCUGUUUAGCUAAUCACACUUCAUUUUAAGGGUGCCGGCUCAUCCCAGUUCUUCCUUAUGGAGCUCUUGGAAUACCUUAUUUAAAUAUACAUGUCUUGACAAGCACUUUCUUUUCACAGAGUUUAAAGGGAUAACUUAUUUUCAUAUUAUGCCAAGGACCUAGUGAUGACUGAGUAAGUGAUAGUGGCAGGAAAAAACUACAACUUAUUUUGGUCUAAUGAUAAACUUCCAAGACCUCAGAGCAGAACUGGCUGCUUGUUUUCUUAGGAGUUAAGGGCUGGCAUGCUGUCAAGUGACUUUCCUAAGGUGGUAAUGUGGAACCACCGGUGGGUCUUUGGGCCCCCAGCAAAGCUGACUGCUCAGGGUGACACCCCUUUUAAAAAUGAUGCUUCAGAAAUUUGCCUAACCUGAGAGAACUUUUGAUUGUAUUAUUUCUGCUUGUUAGUUUUUCAUUAGUGGUAUUUGGAAAGUGUUCCAAAUUGGUAAUAGGCUUGAGUCUCAUAAGUUUUGGCUUUACCUUUUAAAGGUAAAACCAAAACAGUCAGAGCAGUAAGAAGUACAUGAAGGUAGAUUUGCAUUAUUCAAAUAUAUUUUUGAUGUCUGCUUUGAGUAUAUUUACUGCCAGCUAAGCCUACAUGGAGCCUAUUUUUCUAUUUGUUGAUAAAGUACUAUAAAGAGAAUGAGAGAAAGCUGGGAGGAAGAGCCCAGUUAGUGUUCUGUUUCUGGCCAUUCAGAGACCAAGCUGUGUGAGAAUGCUCACUUCCACCCCACUGAAGGGUUGUCUUGUAAGUCUGGAGGGUGUUGUGAGCACUGGGAUGGGCUGUGACUGAGGGAGAUUUGAGUUAUGGAUGAUAAGUUGGAUAUAGAGUUGAGGUACUGGCUUAGGGCCAUCAGCUUGGCCAGUAUUCCAGUUUUGUUUUUGUUCUUGGCCCACAUACUCAGUUUUGUGCCCCCCUAAACAUGUGAAGCAUGGAAAAUCCAUGGCCCUGCCUUUCUAACAGAUUCUUAUAUUUCCCACUAUUAUGGAAUAAUGUAUUUCAAAUAUUUAUAUUUGUUAUUCUGUGUUUCAAAGCUUGUACUUUAUGUUUUCUGUCCUGCCUGUGUUAGUACGUUUUCACCGUGGCAGGUUAGUACAGUAACCUCUACCAUGCCCUCUGUUUGGUUCUAUUUUUCCCACAGUACACUCCAGAAAUGCACACCUGUUACAUUGCCCUGCUCUCUUACUGUGUGGCUUAGCUGACCCCAUCUCUUGCUAGCUGACCCCAUCUCUUGCUAUGUUCAUCUUUGACUAGCUUGCCCUGUGAAGCCAGCUACCAAGGAAACGUAGCAGUACCCAUUCCUAGAGAAGUUGUUACAUGCAAUGCCCUUGGCAGCUGAAGGGAAGUGUACUGACUGCUCUAUCAUCUCUGAUGUGUGAGAAAGUGUUACUUUAACCAGCAUAAUGUUGUUGUAUGUUCUGUGUCUGAAGAAUGGCUUUUGCUUUGUAAUAAUUAUUAAAGCUGUGGCUAUACUUACAAAAUAUUAAAAUCCAGUUUCACUGUAUAUUUUAGUAUUAACUUUGAAUUCUUGGACCCAGAGAAUGGAAUUGUGGCCCCUGAAAUUCUUUGAAGUGAAUGUCUGUCUCAUUAACCUCUGUCCUGGGAGGUGUCAGCCACAUUAGGUAGCUAUCUAGUUGAGCCUGGAAGUUCCCUGUCUCUGGUGACUUGAUUCUGGUAUGAAAUGCAUGAUGAGUAUGAAGUGGUUCAAGUGUAUGAUUCCCUGAGCCCCAACUCCUGUAGGUGCCCCCUUUCACAGCUUUGUCCACAGGGCCACAUUGCAUCACAAAAUGCAUGGGUUGGAAAGAAUUGUUUGUAUACCUAAACAACCAUUCAGGCCUGAAAGAAGUUGGCUGGUGUUAUUAACUAUUGUUGACCUGAUUGUCCUUUUGGUUCUGUUCUCUUCUGGACUUGGGAUAUAAAAGAAAAGAGGGAGAACUGGUGGUUAGUGUCUCAGAAUCAUUUGUGAAGAAUGCCAGACAGAGCUUUUCUAUUUUAGGCCAUCAUGAACCUAGGUAGCUGUCUGGAUCACAAGAAGUUCUGCUGUUCAGACAGAGAAUGAUCAGAUUAAUUUUCUCUGUCAGCUUUGAGUCUGUGAAUCACACCCCAGUGUAUGUAGACAGAGGCAUAGAAUACAGCUCCAUUUUUUUCUCCAUACUUGAUUUUCUUUUUUGCGUGUGAGUGAUUCCAUGUCUCUAGUAUUCUGUUCUCUGCACAGCCUGUUUCCCUGUAUGUGCAAAAUUGUAUGUUUCUAAGUGAAAAUAUUCAAAUAUUAAAUGAUCAUUAAUCUU